UGCAAGAAGUGUGACAGCAGCCUUAUCAUCAUCAAAUAAUGCUUGCGGGUAAUGCGGUCGUGAUAAGCGAGGAGCGUCGCCGUUGCGCCGACCUGCGCGAUCGCUUUGCGGCCCGUCGUCACGUCACCGAGAAGUACUACGAUUGCCUACAAUGUGCCGAACAGUGCCGUCACGUGGACAGCAACAAUGCUGGUGGCAGCGGCGCCAGCAACAGCAACAACAACAUCUACUACUACAGCUACGGUAACAAUUGUCACGGUGGCAAGAGCAUCAGCAACACCGUCGUCAAUCGCAUUCGGGGUAAUCACGGUCCACCGUUGUCGCACGUGGCACUUCACCGCGGCAAAGAGGCAUCGCCCAUGAAGUCACCGCCACCCGACGAGGUCAGGAGAAUUCGCAACCUCAUGAAGAACAACCCGGGUAAGUCCCUGACGCGAUAUCAAUCCGCCCACCUGACACCCGCCAAGAAAAGAUCUUCCCUGGCAAGACCGGUGCGCAUCCACGACACCUUCGUGCAGCCCAGGCGAUUAAUGCCCGAGGAGGAAGAAGAGGAAGAGGAUGAGGACGAGGACGACGACGAGAUAGACGAGAAGGAUCGUCGUCAGGAUCCGCAGCAGCGUCAGCAGGCAGCGUCGUGCAAGAAUCCGUGGUGGUGGCAGGAUCACCGAGACCGUCAGCAGCCUAACGCGUCGAACUAUGCCUAUCACCGGGAUGCUGAGGACGGGAGCGCCGGUUGGCCUAUACGGUUGCGGUUCGAGCAGAUGCUCGAGCUGACAUUGCCGCAAACCAAGCGCAAGAAGAAGAAGAAGAAGAAGAAAAAGCCGCCGGCGGCGGCGGCAACGACGGCGACGGCGACGGCGACGAUGAUGUUGAUGAAGCAGCAGCAACGCAGCCGACACAAUUUUAAGGACACCGAACGACUCCUCAAGGUACUCAGCAUCAACAAUGUGGACCAAGAUAACAGAUACAACGUCAAACGAUGUUCCGUCAUGUAAAAAGUAGAAUUUAAAAAAAGGGAAAAAA